AAGAUAGACAACGUCUUUUUUAGAUUAAACUACCCAUAAAUCAAAAGACAAGUACAGAUAAAUAUGUCUUCUCCAUUUGGUGUUGAUUUCGGUAACAGCAACACUGUUAUUGCUUGUGCCAGAAACAGAGGUAUCGACAUUAUCGUCAAUGAAGUUUCUAACCGUACUACUCCCUCGUUGGUCGGAUUCGGUACCAAGAACAGAUUCAUCGGUGAAUCUGGUAAAAAUCAACAAGGUUCGAACUUAAAGAACACUGUUGAAAACUUGAAGAGAAUCUUAGGGUUGAACUACAAUGAUCCAGACCUUGAAAUUGAAAAGAAGUACUUCACCUCCCAGUUGGUUGAGAAUGAGGAUGGUGGUGUAAGCGCCAAGGUUAGAUUCAUGGGUGAACAGACCGAAUUCACUUCUACCCAAUUGGCCGCUAUGUACCUCAACAAGAUCAAGGAUAUCACCGUCAAGGAAACUAAGGCUAAUAUCCAAGAUAUCUGUCUUUCUGUUCCAAUUUGGUACACUGAAAAACAAAGAAGAGCCGCCACCGAUGCCUGCAAAAUUGCUGGUUUAAACCCAGUUAGAAUUGUCAACGAAGUUACUGCUGCUGCUGUUGGUUAUGGUGUUUUCAAGGCCAAUGAUUUACCGGAAGAUGAACCAAAGAAGGUUGCUUUCCUUGAUAUUGGUCACUCAUCCUUCCAAGUUUCUAUUGCAGCUGUUAAAAAGGGUGAAUUGAAGAUCUUGGGUUCUGCUUAUGACAAACAUUUUGGUGGUAGAGAUUUCGAUUUAGCUAUUGCUAACCACUUUGCUGAAGAAUUCCUUACCAAAUACAAGAUUAAUAUUCACGAAAACCCCAAGGCAUUCUACAGAGUGUUGUCCUCUGCUGAAAAAUUGAAGAAGGUUUUGUCUGCCAAUUCUUCUGCUCCUUUCAACAUUGAAUCUUUGAUGAACGAUGUUGACGUCUCUUCUUCUUUGACUAGAGAUGAAUUGGAAGAAUUCAUUCAGCCAUUAUUGGAAAGAAUCCAUCUUCCUAUUGAAGCUGCUUUGAAGGAUGCUAAUUUGACCACUGAUGAUCUUGACUCCAUUGAAGUCAUUGGUGGAUGUACCAGAGUUCCAUCUAUCAAGGCUAGAUUAACUGAAAUCUUCGGUAAACAAUUGUCUUUCACUUUGAACCAAGACGAAGCCAUUGCUAGAGGUAACGCAUUUAUUUGCGCUAUGCACUCUCCAACUUUGAGAGUCAGACCUUUCAAAUUUGAAGAUUUCAACCCAUACACAGUUUCUUACUACUGGGACAAAGAAGAUGAUGAUGAUGUAGAUCAUAUGGUGGUCUUUGAAAAGGGUGGACUUUUCCCAUCCACUAAGAUUAUCACUUUGGUCAGAAGUGGUGAUUUUGAAUUGGAAGCUAGGUAUACUAACAAGGAAGAAUUACCGGCUGGUACUGAAGAAACCAUCUGUAAGUGGGAAAUUAAAGGCGUUAACGUCAGUGAAGGUGAAAAGACCAUUGCUACUAAGUUGAAAUUGAGGAACGAUCCAAGUGGAUUCUACACCAUUGAAUCUGCUCACACUUUUGAAAACAAGUUGGUCAAAGAAUUAAUUGAACCAUCUGAAGAAGAUAGUGAAGACAAGGAACCUGAAUACCGUGAAGUCAAGAAGUCGGUGAAGAAGGAUGAUUUGGUUAUUAUUUCUCACUCCUCUGCUUUGACUGAUGCUGCCAGAAACGAAGUCACGGAGAAAGAAAACUCAAUGGUUAUGGAAGAUAAGUUAGUUGCUGAAACUGAAGAUAGAAAGAAUGCAUUGGAAGAGUACAUCUAUGAAUUAAGAGGCAAGUUGGAAGAACAAUACAAGGACUUUGCUUCCGAACAAGAAAAGGAAAAGUUAACUGGAUUGUUGUUGAAAGCUGAAGACUGGCUUUACGAUGAUGGAUAUGACUCGUCCAAAGCCAAAUAUAUUGCCAAAUAUGAAGAAUUGGCCUCUAUUGGUAAUGUUAUCAGAGGUAGAUACUUGGCCAAAGAAGAGGAAAAGAAGCAGGCUGUAAGAGAAAAGCAAGAAGCUGCUCAAGCUGCUUUUAUUGCCGAAAAGUUGGCUGCUCAAAGAAACACCCAGCAAACUCCAAACCAAACCAAAGAAGAAGAAGCUCCUAAAGAAGAGCAAGAUAUUGAAAUGGGUAUGUAAGUGAUACAGAUAUAGUUUUUAGAUUAUAGUUUUUUAAUCAGUAUUUAUCUUGACCAACUUA